UCAGAACCACUCCUGGGUAUCUGAAACCCCAGACUCUCUCCAAGAUGUACCUCAGUGCUGCAGACCAUCGCAUACCUCUAAGUGAUGGAAACAGCAUUCCUAUCAUCGGGCUUGGUACCUUCUCAGAACCUAAAUUGACUCCUAAGGGAAUGUGUGUUGCAUCGGUGAAGACUGCCAUCGACAUUGGGUUCCGGCACUUUGAUGGGGCCUACGUCUACCAGAACGAGCACGAGGUGGGGGAGGCCAUCAGGGAGAAAAUGGCAGAAGGAAAGGUGCGGAGAGAGGAUAUUUUCUACUGUGGAAAGCUGUGGACUACACAUCAUGACCCAGAGAUGGUCCGUCCAAGCCUGGAGAGGACACUCAGGGUCCUCCAGCUAGAUUAUGUCGAUCUUUACAUCAUUGAAUUACCCAUGGCUUUUAAGCCUGGAGAUGAACCCUAUCCUAAAGAUGAGAAUGGCAAAUACCUAUAUCACAAGACAAAUCUGUGUGCUACUUGGGAGGCUCUGGAAGCUUGCAAAGAUGCUGGCUUGGUGAAAUCCCUUGGUGUAUCCAAUUUUAAUCGCAGGCAGCUGGAGCUAAUCCUGAACAAACCGGGACUCAGACAUAAGCCAGUCAGCAACCAGGUGGAGUGCCAUCCGUAUUUCACCCAGACAAAACUCCUGAAAUUUUGCCAACAACAUGAUAUUGUCCUCGUUGCAUACAGCCCUUUGGGAACUUCUAGGAAUCCAUUCUGGGUGAAUGUAUCUUCCCCACCCUUGUUAAAAGACCCACUUCUAAACUCACUGGGGAAAAAGUACAAUAAAACAGCCGCUCAAGUUGUUUUGCGUUUCAACAUCCAGCGAGGAGUGGUUGUCAUUCCUAAAAGCUUCAACCCUGAAAGGAUCAAAGAAAACUUUCAGAUCUUUGACUUUUCUCUCACCAAAGAAGAAAUGAAUGACAUCGAGGCCUUGAAUAAAAAUGUCCGCUUCGUGGAGAUGCUCAUGUGGUGUGAUCAUCCCGAAUAUCCAUUUCAUGAGGAAUACUGA